AUGACAACUUCCUGAAGUCAAAGAAAGUGUCUGUGUGCUUGCUAGACUUCAAUUAUGGCGUGUUGUUUCAAAAGGCCAGAUCCAGAUCCACAGGUGCGCGAUCUAGUGUACCGCAGAAGUACUAGAGCCAACAGUGACUGUUGUCACGAUCUGAACGAGGUGACGAGACGACUGACGGAAGUACGUCAACAGAACGACCCAGAAAGCACCCAGCAGUGGAUUGAGAUUCGUCUCUGGGAUGCAGCUUUCUACGGACAAUUUGAAGUCUGUCAGUUUCUUCUGGAAGAAGGAGGAAAUCCAACUUGGAAGAAAGACGACGAUUGGUCUGCAGUUCACUGGGCCGCUUACUACAACCAUUCUCGUAUUCUUCGCCUCUUUCUGGAUGCUGGAUGGUCUCCUCAUGUCACAGACGAACGAGGACUAACGCCUUUGUGGUGGACUUGCUAUCAAGGUCAUGCCGUCUGUUCCGAGAUGUUGUUGUCUGUCGGAGCCGAUCCUUUCUACAAGAGACGCGCAUCGAGGAGUAAUCUGAGUGUUCUUGUCUGUGGAGUGUCGUGCGACGAUAGCCCACUGGUAGCAGCCAAAAAGAGAAAUCACCAAAACAUUGUGGAGAUGAUGCAUCAACAGGCACAAGUUUCUCUUGUUGAUCAGUCUCAGGUAGCUGAUGAGUCCCAUGUAGGAUUACAUGAAGUACAAGCCGGUUUGAUGUCUCAACUGUGGAUUCCCACACUUUACUGGAAGACGUAA